GGAACAGAUAAGGCCGUCUGUCCUCCUCGUUCUUUCCUCUUCGAAGCAGACUCCAUGGUUACUCCCAUGACCUCUACUCUCUAACUCUCUCUCUCUCUCUCUCUACCAUUUCCUCAUUUCCCACAAACCCUAAUUCCCAUGGGCUCCAAAAUUCUUCCACAGGCUCUGAUAACAAUUCCACGAAACCCUAAUCAAUACCCGUCAGUAAAGCUCGGGUUUUCAGCUGCCCUCUCUCGCCGCUCUUCCAAUUCCACCCGGGUUUCGCUCUCUAGGGUUUCAUCGAGCUCAAUUGGGUCCGUUUUCAGUCCCAUUGUUUCCGCGAUAUCGAAACGGAACUUCGUUGUGAGAGCAGACCCGAGCUCUGAAGGUGAAGUCGGAGGCACUGAUGAUGCCCAAGAGAAUGAAGCAACUGGGAGCGGAGAGGCCUCUGUGGCCAUGGUAGAAGCUGAAGCAGAAGCAGUGCUGGAGCCUGAAUCCGAAGAGCCGAAGCCGCUGAGAAAGUCUCGGGUUAAGCUCGGCGAUAUAAUGGGGAUAUUAAAUAAAAAGGCAGUUGAGGCGGCCGAGCAGGAAAGGCCAGUUCCCGACAUUAGAACUGGAGAUGUUGUGCAAAUUAAACUGGAAGUUCCUGAAAAUAAGAGAAGGUUGUCUAUCUAUAAAGGCAUUGUCAUUUCAAGACAAAAUGCUGGUAUUCACACAACUAUUCGCAUUCGGAGGAUUAUUGCUGGCAUAGGGGUUGAGAUUGUGUUCCCCCUAUACUCACCAAACAUUAAGGAGCUAAAGGUACUGAGUCACAGGAAGGUCAGGAGGGCGAGGUUGUACUAUUUGAGAGACAAGCUUCCAAGGCUCUCGACGUUCAAAUGAGAUAUAGUAUACGGCUCUUGUUUGGUUGUUUUCGGUUUCAGAGUAGUCUCAUGAAAACCGUCACGUUGUAAAAACUAUAUGUAUUUCCAUCCAGGAAUCCAUUGAAUGUGAUAUGUGUAUCAGUUCUCCCCAAUUUUUGUUGUAUCUAUAAAUAUAUGCUAGGUUAAUUUCCCCCUUUC